AUGGAUGAGCUGCGUGAGAUCAUCGCACACUUAACUCCGGACGAUGUACGUACUCUGAUCGAAUUUGUGGAUGAACGAUAUCGGGCCAGUAUGGGUAAUUUCGAAUGCAUAUUUCCGGUUAGCGGUGAUCAUGGUCUCCGACUGUUGGUCUUUCUUGAAUCCUGUGCAAAAGAUACAAGUACCGGUAACUUGGGAAUGCGCACGCCGACCGUACGCUACUACGACCUCGUGCAGUACGCGUUCCUAACUGUUUAUCAUCGACCAGACAAUCGCGCAUGUUCCGUGUGGCAACGCACACCCACGGAUAUGACGACGUUGACCAAACUACCAGACUACUACAUACUGAAGCACGGAGAAUUAUCUGGCGAAGCAUUAAUACAAGCUUCUCGAAUGACUGGGGUUGGUCGCGAGGGUCUGAUUCGUUUGAUCGAGUUGUGCAAACGAGGAUUUCAUUUAGCCGGGACUGAAGUGGCUAAUCAGCGCGUUCGAUGGAAUGAAAACAAUACCAGUGUGACCAAAAAGUAUUCUCCCAUAGACUGUACCAAAAUGAAUAUCCCCGUCGAACCGGGUGCAGGCAGGGUGAAAAGCAAUAUACAAGGUGCUGGAGGGGACGGACACAGUGAGAGUGUGGCAGAUGUAGUUGAAAGCAUUCUUGGCGGUGCCGUAUCAUUUCAUGCACAAAUACCAACCGUCAAUGAUCUGUCAUCAAAAUCCAUUUUGGAUGAAAAGUUCCGUCGUGAUUCAGUGAGAGGAACAAAUGUAGCCUGCAGUUCUCAUCCCACUCCUGUUCGUAAAACCGCUGUUCUUAGAAAACUAUCUGAAGUCAAUCGGCAAAAGAAAGAUGGGAAACAAAUAGGAGAUCGCAAUUCUGGUGCAUCAUCAUCUCGUCUACGUCCAAAGUCGAUGACUUUAACCUAUCCAAGUAUUCAUUCCGGUGGAAAUCUAGACGAAGGAAUGAACCAUUGGCACCGUUCACAGUCGGUUAUAUCUAUUACGCGAUUACCGGAUCAUCCGUCUAAAUUGGACGUGCUGUCUAAUAGGUCGUCUGGCUUAAACCCAACGAAGAUGCGCGCCUCUCGGGAGGCAAUUUUAGACGGUACAUAUUUGGUCAACAAGGAUGAGUACACCGAUCUUGGCUCCAUAUUAGACGCACAAACAAUCAAAGAAUUAACGCAAUCCGUACGACAAAAGAGAAGUCAAAUCGAAGUGAAUAACAAAUCACUGCGAACUUUGAAGCCCGGGAUACGAUCGCUAUCACCCGGAAGGCAUGCACCCAAUUCAGAACAAAAACAUCAACCAAGUUGCUUGAAGUCUUCAAAUCCCAUUGGUCAGAUACCACGCUUGCGGAUUUUACAGUCAAGUCAACAUGAUGGAGUCCCGUUAAUCAAGUCGAAAAAUGGAUUGCCCAAGAAUGAAACGAGACAACCGACAAAGGUGAAUGGCCGACAUUUUCCUCCUGCUCUUCCGAAAUACGGGACAACCUUGAGCAAGUCUAAUUCAAGUAGACGACCUAGACGAGAUGCGAACAACCCCCCAAUGAGUCUACAAACGAAACAGCCCGAAGAGAUUACCCCACGGGGUCUUCCAGCUUGGAUAUAA